CCAGUGUACGACGUUGUGGUGGUCGGCGCCGGCCUCAUAGGCAGCGCGGCCGCCUACUACGCCGCGAAAGCAGGCAAGCGCGUGCUGCUGCUGGAGCAGUUCGAGCUGCUGCACGGCAAGGGCUCGAGCCACGGCAGCAGUCGCAUCUUCCGCGUGGCCUACCCGAGCGACACGUACACGGAGCUGUGUCUGACGUCGCUGCAGCUGUGGCGUGAGAUCGAGAGAGAGUCCGGCGUGGAGCUCAUCCGCAUGACCGGCGAGCUGGACUUCGCCUUCGAGCGGCUGGACGACAUCGUCCUCGUUGAGAAGACUCUGAAGAAGUACGACGUGCCGUUCGAGUCGCUGACCGGAGACCAAGUCAACCAACGCUUCCCCGGCUUCUCGUUGCCCGACAACAGCCACGCGGUGUACAACCCGCUGGCAGGGGUGCUGAACCCGACGCUGGCGAUGGCCACGAUGCAGAAAUUGGCCCAGGGACUGGGCGCGAGCAUUCGUGAACGCAGCCCAGUCACAGACAUCGUCGGUGAGCAGCAGGCGGAUGGGGCUACCCUUGCAGUCGUCACCUUGGCCGAUGGGACGCAAGUCCGUGGCCACCAGUGCAUUGUCACGGCAGGCGCAUGGACGAAUAAGGUGCUGAAGCGGUCGGACGUGGACAAGGUCAAGCUGCAGCCGAUCGCAACGUUCGGGACGUACUGGAGGUGCAAGCACGAGCUGUACACCCCGGACAAGUUCCCCGUGUUUCUCAAGUACGGGUACCCGGAGAUGUACGGCUUGCCCAUGAUGAGCCCCGAGGAAGGAGUCAAAAUUUGCCGCCACGAUGGCCCCGACGUCAACCCGGACGCGCGUCAGGGCGUGGUUCAGCCUGCACCCGAGCAAGAAGACCUACAAGAUUUCGUCGCGGACAACUUUUCGCAGGUUGACUCGAGCGCGCCCAACCAUGUGGAUCACUGCAUGUACACGAUGACGGAGGACGCCAACUUCCUUAUCGACUUCCUCCAAGUCCCGUCCGGUGGGUCUGCAACGAAGAAAAUUGUCGUAGGUGCCGGCUUUAGUGGCCACGGGGCCAAGAUGACGCCCGUGAUCGGCCAAAUGCUCGCGGACCUGGCGCUAAAGGGAAAAACGCACCAGCAUCCUGACGGAUUCCGCCUCUCGCGGAAGAUUUCCGCUGCGCUGGAACACCACUCGUUCUCGAAGUUGUAAGAAGGCACCACUGCCGGCGUGCCCAGCAACGCAGAGUAGUCGUGAAGUUUAACCACAAAUUGAUUUGAUCCGCAU